AUGGAGUUGGAGUUGCCUAAUCGUUUAUACGGUGAGGGAUUGGAACCUCAGGUUAAGAAGAUUAAUAACAGCUGUCGACUAAAACUUCUCGAGUUGCUAAAAGAAAAAAUGGAACCAGAAUUCGAGGAAGUUAUGAAAGAUCCCAUUUUUUCACAGAUUAUGGUUAUCCAGAAGAAUGAUCUGAAGUUUUCGGCGAGGUUGGUACACUCUUUCUUGUGUAAGGAGUUGAUGACAAGCAAGAGACAUGAGAAGUGGUUCACUUUCGCUAGGAGACCUCUGCGUUUUGGAUUGCAAGAGUAUCAUGCUGUCACUGGUCUGAAAGUGAAGCGAGAGAAUAACAGUGGGUUAGUGACAUGGAAAGACGAUGAUGAUUUUUGGAGCAAGCAGAUAAAGACAAAUGGAAAAAUAAAUUUGCAGAUCAUAAAAAAGAAGCAUUUGGAAGAGAGCAAUACCUGGACUUGGGUUGAUAGGGUGAGACUGAUAUAUCUUUGCGUUAUUAUGGGUGUAGUGAUGGGGAAGGAUGAGAAGGUGAAUAUCCCGCAUCUGUACAUGAAGUUGGCGAUGGAUUUGGAGAAGCUUCGGAAUUACCCAUGGGGUCUGUAUUCGUUUGAUUUCCUUCUGAAGCAAAUUGAUAAAACAAGGCAUGAAUUAGAGCAGAAAUAUGGGUAUCUGAUGGAAGGAUUCUUGUUUGGUUUCCAAAUUUGGAUAAUGGAAGUUGUUCCUGCUUUAGGAGAGAUUUGUGGCAUAAAAGUCAGUAAAAAUUUUACAGGUCCACUGUGUGGUAAUUGGAGAGGAUGUGCAAAAUGUUCUUAUGAAGAUAUCAUUGGCGUUGAGAACUUAUUCCCAGAAAACGGGAUUGUGCAUUCAUUCAUGGAAUCCCACAUAGAUGGAGUGGUCCUUUUGGUAACUGAUUUUGUACAGAAGGAUGAGAAGAAAGAUGAAAGAGUAGAUCGCAUUUUAGAUAUGAUCAAUAGUAAACAUGAUUGGAAUAAUCAUGUUUGGAGAGUAAAAGAAGCUACGAAUUCUGAAUUUGAGGAAUCUGGCGAAGAGAAAGGAGAGGAUCAAACAGUUGAUACUGAGAGAGGUGAAAAUAGUCAUGUUGCAGGGAAUGUUGAUGGCACAGCUGAUGUUUCGGGAAGAAACAAGAGAAAGCAUGCAGACCGAGGAGCAGAGUCAAGGAAGAAGAAUGUUUUGUGCCACCUAGCUGCUUCAUCAAAAGGAAAUAUUGACACAGAUAUGAAAAAUUUCUUGGAGGAUCUGGUACAAGCUUCUUUUACUGCUUUUGGGGAGAAAUUAUGUCAGCAGUUCUCGGACAGGUUGGGUAAGAUUGAGACUGAGGUUACACAACUCAGGACAGCUUCAGAGAGAACUGAGCAAUUUGAGACCGUUGUAACCGACAGAUUGGGGAAAAUUGAGGCUGAGGUUACACAGCUCAGGACAAGUUUAGUGGUGACUGAAUUGGUGGGAAAGAGUGAUCAAGCAAGCGGUCCUAGCUUGACCAAAAUCAACAGUGGUCCUAGCACCAGCAAAAAAGGCACUGCUCCAUCAAAGAAAAAGGCUGUAAAAAACCAAGAGUUAAAGAUUGCUGAUUCGUGUGUCAAUUUACCUCGUGCAAAAGUUACUCAAUCAUCAGCUAGUGAUCUUCGUAUGGGUACACAAGAGUUUUUGGAAAGUUGCAUGAAGAACCUUCCAUUAGACACAUUUGUGAAAGGUUUGAAUCCUUCUCAAGCUAAAGUCGAAGAUUCAUUGGAUUGGUUGGAACUUCCAAAAUCAUUGAAGAAGCCAACAGAUUCAUUGGAACUUCAAAAAUCAUUGAAGAAGCCAGCAGUCCGAUUAGAUGACCGAGAUAUAGAGAUAGACGGCGAAAAUUUCCCUGAUCGCUGCUUGGUGUUUGUGCAUCCUACAGAUUUUAAGAAGAUGCAGGACUGGCAAGAUACACGAACAGCUAUACAGAUUGGUCCUUCUAUGUUAGACGGUGAUCUAGCCGGACGUAUUAUAACAACAUUGAAACGAUGGAACGUAGACCGUGUUGCUUUCAUGACAUGCGUCUUCAGCGACCUCAUUGCUAAGGAUUACCAGAAUUUCUGUAAGGGUAUUAAGAAAUACACUAUGGAUCCAUUACUACUGCAAUACGGUAAAGGUGAACUGCCUUCCCAUGGAAGAACACGGAUGUUGUGGAAUGUCGAUGUGGAUUGGAUGUACGUUCCUGUCUGGGUCAAUUGCAACCAUUGGAUUGCUUUAUGCAUCAGUUUUGUGACUAGGAAUAUCCAGGUGUUUUACUGCGGGGGUAAAAAAAAAAUCAAGGAAGUGGAAGCUUUCGCGCAGCUUAUUCCUCGGAUUGUCAAGGCCGUGCAGUCAUUGACAAUACAGAAGCAUCUCCACAUCACUCCGUACAAUGUUUCCUAUGUACCUAUGAGUGGUCUUAACCGACUUCAAUGUCAUUGUGGUGUGUACACUAUAAAACACAUCGAAUGCCACGUGCUUGGGUUGGACAUAUCUAUGGUGAGUGAUGAGAACAUCUGGGGAGCUCGGAUAAAGAUUAUGUGGGAUCUAUGGGAAGCAGCUAAUGAUCUAGAACUGAUUGAGAGAAUGUCAAAGUAUGAACCUAUUAAGUGUAAUAAGCCUGCCGAGUAUGUUGAGAUUGAUGAUUUAUGA